UUGGUGUCUUUUUAAUCCUCCCUUCACGCUGAGAGCUCCAGGAGACAGAAACUGAGUGAAGGGAGGAAAAAUCCUCUCCUGUCUCCUCGUCGUCUUUCCUUCUUUCUUUUCUUUCUUUUCUUUCUCUUCUUUCCUUCUUUCUCUUCUUUGUUUCUGUCUCUUCUUCCCCUCUGAGGUUUUCCAGAGUCGGGUGAGAGAUGGGUUGUGGGAACUCUUCCCCGGCGACGACCACCAGCCACAGCAACAAAGACGGCAGCUUCAGCAACGAAGGUCGAGCUGAGACUCCGACCAAAGUUGUCGACAGAUCAAAUGACUUGCCUGAAGAUGAAAAAAGACUAAACUAUGGCGGUGUGUAUGUGGGUUUACCGACAGACAUGAGCAACAUCCCUCAACUACAAAUCGGAGUGCUAAGAGAGACGGAGUCAGACCUGGCGUCCCUCAUGAGACCGCUGUGGGGGAACGGAUCCUAAUGAAGAGCCAGGUCUGUGCAUGCUGUGCAUGGUGUGUGUGUGUGUCUUUGUGCAUGCUGUGUGUUUGUGUGUGUUUCAUUAAUGAGACCUGUGAUGUCAGCAGUUUAAGGCCCAUACCAGUGUAUGUACAGGAUUCAGCCCCCGUGUAACUAAGUA